GUACUUACCACAAAAACUAUGCGGUUCUAAUUCCACUUCUUCACCAGGUCAGGUCUUCACAGUAAAAUUUUAUCAACGUCAACGUUGCCCAAUUCGUGUGAAUUUUUCUUCUUUAUCUCCAACUCUUCAACAAUUUCUCUGCCGAAUGUGA